AUGCCCAUCCUAAUCAAUCCCAUAACAAACGAACCGUACAUCCCCCUUCCCGCCCCCCAUUCAUCCAUCAUCCUCACCCCGCCGCGCCCACCAAACGCCCACGACUCCUCCGCCCUCAUCUCCCACCUCAACAACCCCCAGGUUUACCCCUACCUCGAAUCUAGCCCCGUCCCAUACCUCCCCGAACACGCCACAGCACGGCUGCAGACAUCAUACGAACAAGCCACCGCCCUCCUGCAUGCAGCGCAAACCCACCGCUUCGUCGACGGGCUGCCAUUCACCUGCAUCCGGGAGGUCACCAACGACAGUGACGUCCUCAUCGGCGAUGUAGGACUAACGCGGUACGCCUUCUACGAAUUCAAAAAGGGCUCGCCGGAGCGCGAGGAGGCGGUGCGCAGAAAUGCCGCGUUGGGGGUUGGCAGUUCAGAGAUUGUCUGGGGGUUUGGUGAUUUUCUCUCGCCUGCGCAUCACGGCAAAGGCAUCAUGACGGCUGUCAUCAAGGCUGUGGUUGAGGAGUGGGCGGUCCCGCGGAUGAAUGCGCGGGUGAUCAAGGCGUCGGCAUAUGCGGAUAAUAGGGCUAGUAUGCGGGUGUUUGAGAAGAAUGGGUUUCGGUUGGAGUAUGAGUUGGAGGAUUGGGCGGUUGUGCCGCUGGAUCGGGGCGGAGGGGUGAAAUCGAUUGUUGUGUUGGUUUGGGAGGUGGCAGGAAAUAAGUCUGCGGGUGCGAUUGAGAAGAGAUUGCAUGAUACCCUGGCUGCCGAUUCUGAUGGGUAA